AUGAUGAAUGAAAAGAAAUUCAAGACAGCUAAAUACAUUUCAGCUCUGGAUCAUGUACAGCAGUUCCCUGUAGGAACCUUGCAUGCAGAUGGUGGUAAAUUGUUUUGUUCAUCAUGCAAUGUGACUCUGGGUGUGUCAAGGAAAAACAGCAUUGAUCAGCAUUUAGCAUCUGAAUCACAAAUAAAGCAAAAAGCUGCUGAAGAGGCUGAAGGUCAGAGCAAGAAACAAGUGACUAUGUCCUUGAUCUUUCAAAGAACCAGUGAAAGCAGUGUGACAAGAAGAGAGGCUACAUUUGCACUAGUGGAGGCAUUCAUGGACACCAACACUCCUCCGGCGGAAAUUGGUUACCCUAAAUGA